AUGCACCGAACCGUCAAGUACCUUCUGAUCGUCGGCGGCAGCGCCCUGGCCGCCGAAAAAGAGCCCAUUCGAGAAAUCGAACGAAUUCGGGUGGAGCCGCUCGAAAAGUGAGUCCGUUUUGAGAGAAAUAUUGGAGAAAAAGAGUUUCCCUGUGAUUUUGCAGGAAAAAAGUGCAAGUGAUUUCCGAAAAUUGUGGCCAAUUGGAGUUGGCUCGCCGAGCUCCCGCCUGCUUUUUGACCACUUCUCGACAGAUUCUCGUCGCCGGAGGUCAGUGUUUUACGGAUUUUAUUCAUUUUUUAAAUAACAUUUUUUAGGUUGUCAGGGACCAAACGAGCACUCGGACACGUCGGAAAUUUAUGAUGUUUCCAAUUUUCAGUCGAAGCUGGUUGAGGAAAAACUGGAAAUCGGAGCCAGUUGCUCGGCUUUCGACCCAUCUUCCAGUGGGGUACGUUUUUUCCAAAAACUACGAAAAAAUCUAGUAAUUUCUAGAAAUUCAAGCCAAUUUUCGGCGGCUUCGUCGCGCAUUCGUGUCUCGAUGAUGUCCAAGUUAUCGAAGAAUCCACGUGGAAAUGUCGGAAAUUGCCGAACAAAUUGCCAAAAAUCAAGAAUUCGACAGUUUUGGAGGUGAAAAACGGCGAAUUUCUGCUGUUCGGCGGCUGGGAAGACGAACAGCGAACGACGCGGGCGAUCCGAAGGUCAGCAAGUGCGCUCCAAUGAGAAUCGAGAAUCGAGCGGCAAUUUGAGAAUUUGGCGAUUUUAGGGUCGUUUUCAACGAGGAUUUUACCGAGUGCACAGUCGAAUUCGCCGGUUUCUUGCCGUAUGCGGUGGAAGGUUUGAGUUUGACAAAGUUUUUUGAGAAAAACGUUAUUUUCAGGUCAUUCAUGUGUGCGCAACGGGUCCGAUGUGUAUCUGAUUGGCGGAUUCGACGGGUGUGCCGUGAUCGAUACAAUUGUGAAAUAUAAUUUGGAAACGAAACAAUCGGAGGUGAUUUUUUGAGAAAAUUUUGCAAUGAAACGUAAUGUUUAAUGCAUUCUUUCUAGAUCCUCCCCACAAAAUUGUUUGAAAAACGCGAAAACCACGUGUCGGCUCUGCUUUCGGGCCGUUUUCUCGUGGUGGCCGCCGGUUGGAACGGCCUAAAAUCGCUGGACGACGUGGAAGUUUUCGAGAUCGGCGAGCACAAUCUGGAGCGGUGUCACGUGGCCGGAAGCCUGCAAAUGGCCCGAAAUCGGCCGAGCGCCGUGCCCGUUUAG